AGUGAACACAGCCAGGGAGUAAAUUGUGCGAGUCCAGAGAGCUCAGCUCUGCAUGUUCGAGCUGGCACUUUUGAUUUAGACAGAAUUUUUUUUCUGCCGCAAGAUCUUUUUUUCUGCCCCUCCCGGUUUAUUAUCAGCUAAGACAAAGGCAGGAGAAAAUAGCUAAAGAGAGGGAGACAGAGAGAGAGACGAACAGUGAAUAGAUGUUGCGCAGCUGACAGCAGAGGAAGCGGCAGAGAGAGUUUCCAGCCAUCGCGCUCCCCGGCCACUGCCUUUUCUUCCUGGGAGAUAAAAAAAAAGGACAAAAGCGUCUUCCCCCCCCGCCUUCUCCAGCCCGCCACCAUUCGAUCACCAGCCUGCACGUUGCUGUGUGUGUGUGUGUGUGUGUGUGUGUGCGCGCGCGCGUGCGCGCACAUAAGGACACCGCGGGUGUAUGGUGCUUUUCUCCCAGCCCUCAAAGGCAUGGACUGAAGAUGAUGCAGCCUGGGGCUUAGUGAGAGCUCACUCCGCAAAAACCCCUUCCCCUCACCAACAGGGCCAGACCAACAGGAGCAAUUCCGGGGGAGGGGGGAGGGGGGGGGGUUGAAGGAGUGAAGGAGGAGGAGGAGGAGAAGAAAAGUGUGUGUGGGGGGGGGGCGGGUGGUACCCUCCUUGGAUUAUUGCAGAGGGUCUUCCACUUCCUUUUUUUUGUAGAUUUUUUGCUUUUUUCACCCCCAUCAACUUGCCUCAAUCAUCUUCUGUUUUUGCUGCGAUGUGUAGUUUUUAAGACGAAGAAUGUGGAGACAACAUUUUCCAGGUAUUCGGCCCCAAAUCAUGAACGGGCCAAUGCAUCCACGCCCCCUGGUGGCGCUGUUGGAUGGACGUGACUGCACCGUGGAGAUGCCCAUCCUUAAAGACUUGGCUACUGUCGCUUUCUGUGAUGCUCAGUCCACACAGGAGAUACAUGAGAAGGUGCUCAAUGAAGCAGUGGGAGCCAUGAUGUACCACACCAUCACCCUGACCAGAGAGGACCUGGAAAAGUUCAAAGCUCUACGCAUCAUCAUCCGCAUCGGCAGUGGUUACGACAACAUCGACAUCAAGGCUGCUGGAGAGCUGGGCAUUGCUGUGUGUAACAUUCCCUCGGCAGCUGUGGAGGAGACGGCAGACUCCACCCUGUGCCACAUCCUCAACCUUUAUCGGCGAAACACCUGGCUCUACCAGGCUCUCCGGGAGGGCACGCGGGUCCAGAGCGUAGAGCAGAUCCGCGAGGUGGCUUCCGGCGCCGCCCGCAUCCGUGGCGAAACCCUGGGCCUCAUAGGCUUCGGUUAGUAUAAUGUUUUUCAGUUGUU